AUGACUCAAUCAAACCAAAAGACAAAGGUAAUCAUAAUUGGAUGUGGCUGUAUUGGCUUAUCCACUGGAAUAUUGUUGUUAAAGACACAGAGAUAUGAUGUGGAGAUAUGGGCAAAGGAUCUACCUCCAAACACUACAUCAAACAAGGCAGCAGCAUUGUGGUAUCCAUUCUUAUCGGAGCCAAUGGAUAAAGUGGGUCGAUGGUCACAAGAGACGAUGGACUACUUCAAACAACACAUCCUGCCACUGGACGUGCGCGACACUGGCACACUAUACAAGAAGGUGAACGAGUUCUUCCGCGUGCCCAAGGCGGAGAACCCUGACUGGAGUCCGUUCGUCCCAUCGUUCAGACGCAUCAAACCAGACGAGUUGUUGCCAGGCUAUGUCGAUGGAUACGCUGUAGACGAUGGCUUUGUCAUGGACACCGAUAUCUACAUGGACUGGCUGGUGCAGUCGUUCAAGAAGUUGGGUGGCAGAGUGGACCAGCGUGUCGUUGUAGACAUUCGCGAGCCAUUCAUAUACUCGGACAUUGUCAUCAACUGCACUGGAAUAGGUUCGCGUGAGCUAAUUGGUGAUCGACAUGUAUACCCAUCUCGUGGACAGAUCAUUGUAAUCAAUCACUCUCGCGAUCGUUCACUCAUUGAUGAAGAGGAUGAUACAAAGAUAGCAUAUGUAAUACCAAGAGUUACCAACUCAGUUCUGGGCGGUACCAAUCAGAAACAUAACUACAACCUUGAACCAUGUCCAAAGGAUACCAAGGAGAUCCUGGACAGAGUGGCUACAAUAUCGCCAGAGUUUGCAAGGGAUAAGAUUGAGAUCAUUGGGGAAAAGGUUGGUCUGCGACCUUCACGCUACGAGAUCCGACUGGAGAGUGAAUUACAACAGGAUGGCCGAAAGCUAUUGGUGCACAACUAUGGUCAUGGUGGCAGUGGAUUCACUGUUAGCUGGGGAUGUGCCAACGAGGUGCUAAAGAUGGUCGGGGAACAGCUGCCCAAGCUCAAGUGUUCCACUUCGCCGUCGUCGCCAUCGUGUCCAAUCGUGAGAAGUAAACUCUGA